UCUUUCCAGAGCCCAAAAUGUUGCGUGAUUAUCUUCAGGCCCUGAAAUCCUCAGAAGAGUCUUUAAGAGAGCAGCUUGAAAAGGCAAAGAAAAAGGAAGCUGCGUUCAUUGUAACAUUUGCAAAAUGAGAACAAGAGAUAGCAGAGUUGAAGUCUGCUGUGCGGGAUCUAAAAGCACAACUCAAGCCACCUUCAAUGCAGGCAAGAAGGUUGUUACUAGAUCCAGCUAUUCAUGAAGAGUUCACGCGUUUAAAGAAUUUAGUAGAGGAAAAGGAGAAAAAAGUGAAGGAGUUGCAAGAUAACAUAAAUGCAGUAAGCUUUACUACUCAAAGCAAGAUGGGGAAGAUGCUCAUGGCUAAAUGUAGAACUCUGCAGGAAGAAAAUGAGGAGGUUGGGAAUCAUGCUUCUGAGGGAAAGAUUCAUGAAUUAGCCAUGAAAGUUGCAUUGCAGAAGUCCCAGAAUGCACAAAUCAGAAGCCAGUUUGAAGGGUUGCAGAAACAUAUGCAAGGACUGACAAAUGACGUGGAAAGAUCCAAUCAAACGGUUGUAAUAUUGCAGGAAAAAUUACAAGAUAAGGAUCAGGAGAUUCAAAAACUGAAACAAAAGCUCCAACAAAAGAACUUGAUGAUGGAAGAUGGAAGAUCGGAUGCAGCAGAAAAUUUUAUUGAGUGUGAUAAGCCGGAAGUACCUAAGGAAGCUGCCAACUAGUAUAUCUGACGCCAAUUUUGCAGCAAACGUUCAUUUUUUUUUUCCGAUAUUUAGUUUUGCCGAUGAUUGUAAAUUUUAUAUAAAACAUUAUAACAUUUUUCUUUAAUUAUUA